CCAUCCCGCCCGCCCCCACGCACGCAGCCGCUACCCAAAAUCUCGCUCCCAACUCCGGGCAGGUCCCCCUCCCUCGCCCCAACCGAUCUGGUCCACCUCCGCCCUCCCGCCCCCUCCUGCCGCCACGGGAUAUGGCGAGCGGCGGCAGCCCCCGCCGGCCCCUCCUCCCGUGCCGCCCGCCGGCCCCUCCGCCCGGUGGAGGGGUGGCCGCCGGUGCGGUCGUUCAGGAGGAACCUGGCGUCCAUCAGGUACUCGCCGCAGUCGUCGUCGGCUCAUCAUCAGGACGGCGGAGUUAAGGGAGGCCGCGGCGCCAAGGGAGGCGGCGCCGGCGAGGGCGGGCACAACCGCACAAGAGCGGCGGCCUGUUCGUGAAGAUCAACAUGGACGGAGUGCCCAUCGGGCAGAAGGUGGACCUCACGGCGUACGGCGGCUACGCCGAGCUCUCCGCCGCCGUCGGCAAGCUCUUCCGCAGCCUGCUCGCCGCCCAAAGGGACCCAGCCGCCGCCGCGGUGGGCUGGCGCUGCGGCGAGGAGGCAGCGGGGGAGGAGGCCGAGGAGCCCGUGAUCAGCGGCGAGUACACACUGGUGUACGAGGUCGAGGACGGCGACCGGGUGCUGGUCGGCGACGUCCCUUGGGAGAAAAGGAGCCCAAUUUAGGUUUGUGCUGCUCUUUUAAUAUUUACCGCUCACUGAACACCAGCCAACAAGUUUCCAGCCAGAACUUGUGAUACAACUUAAUCUAUAUGUCAUGGUAUACCAUACUUUUGUAUUACAUCUUUUAACCAUUGUCUAUUUGUCUUACAUCAUACUCCCAUGGUCGAGCAAUUUGGAUUAUAGUAAAUGCAGUUGUGCUAACUUGACAGUUGACACCACCGUAGUAGUUACGAAUUAGUUCCUGGUAAAUGGGUCAUGCUGUUAUGGUAAUUGGUCCAUUUUUUUUUUGAGAAACAUAGUAUAGUAACUAGAUUGUGCCAUUGUGGUAAAUUGAUUAUAGCAUGCCAUUGUGGUAAUUUUGACCAUGUAAGUAUCAAUUUUCGUAGUUCUGGUACGAGGGAUUCUAAUAAACUCGAUAUUAUUUUAUAGUAACUUGAUUAUUCCAAUUGUGGUAAAUAACUUUGUGGUGAAUUGAUGAUGCCAUUCUCGUAAAAAUUGGUGGUAAAUUGGUUUAUGCCUAAUCUGCAUGCAUAUAUGCUAUUAGCCAUCUAAACACUUGUUACAGAUGUGAAAUGAACUUACUUUUUAACUAUUCUC